AUGUCCUCUGCCUCCACGUGCACAUCCGCUACCGGUUCACUAUCAAUGAAACUCGACACAAUCGGCAAGCUCAAAGGUUUCAGAAACUACCCCCACUGGUCCCUCAUGAUGCAGCAGUACUUCAUUGCUGCACAUGCAUGGAAGGUCGAGACCACCAACACAUACACGAGGUUCUACAUCCUCAGCACACUUGGCGACGAGCUCUUGCACCUCGCAAAUUCAGUGGACAUUACAGCUGCCAUGCUGUGGAAGAAACUGAAGGACAACUAUGCCACCUCCACUAUGAUGUUGGCAUUUGUCAAGUUCAAGGUGUAA